GCAACGAGGAGAAAUCGAAUUGUCCGAGCAGUUUUAUAAAUAUAUUCGUAUAUGCGACGCGUUUACAUGUACGAGUUUUGUUUAUUAUUGAUAAUGCCGGUGUGUGCAGUGCACGCUGUUUUAGGUUCAGCAAUCGAUAUUUUAUACUCCAGCAUCUCUCGCCCUCACUAAAUGAAAACUCUUACCCGAACAGUUGUAGAAGUGUUGUCGAGUUAACAUGAGUUAGAGGUUAACUGUAAAAUGUAAAUCAUUACAAUAACGUAUACAUACGAUGUUUGACCAGGAUGACCCUUGGCAAAUGCUUUGAACAUGCUUGAGAAAAGACUUUGGUCGAAUGUUUUUUUCAUUUGGGUUGGAGUUUUAACAUGCGUGUUGUUAUGGCAGAUAGUCCAGAAUCCCCGUUCUUCUCAGAUGCACACCGUCUACACCUUGUACACCCAGAACUACAGUAGAUUUUCCUACCCAAUCAGCCAACUUCCUGCGACGGAUUAUAAUCAACUUAUUAACCUCGGUUUUAGUUUUUCCGUACUCAAUUUAGUCUGCAACGAAUCCAAACCGUUAUUACUGGUAUUAGUCCAUUCCUCGCCAAAAAACUUUGCGAAAAGGAGGACGAUUAGAGAGACGUGGGGAAAAAACGAGGAAGAUGUCAAAAUCCUGUUUAUGCUUGGGUCCGUUAAUUCAAGUGACCUACAGAAGACUUUAGAGGAGGAGAAUAGAUUGCAUAACGACUUUAUUCAGGGAAGCUUUCUAGAUACUUACAGGAACAUUACUUAUAAACAUGUGAUGGUUUUUAAGUAUGCUAUUUAUCAUUGCCCACAGGCCAAGUAUAUCCUUAAGACUGACGAUGAUGUUUUUGUUAACAUGCCAUCGAUGAAGACAUUUCUCUCAGUUGAUCUGUCACCUUACGGUGCCAAUGAAGUAUUAUUUUGUACACCAAGAAGGAAUACAAAGGUUCUAAGGACUUACCGCUCGAAAUGGAGAGUUUCCUUUUCCGAAUAUCCAAAUAGAAAUUACCCUACUUACUGCCCAGGCUGGACUCUACUCUAUUCUCCAGACGUAAUAUUUGCUCUAUAUAAGGAGGCGCAAAAAGCGGAUUAUUUUUGGAUAGAUGAUAUUCACAUAACAGGGACGUUGACGGAAAAAAUUCACGUGACUCAUACAGAUAUUGAACAUCUAGUGAUAUCCCCAAAAGACUUGCGUUCUAUCGUUAAUGAUUACUCCUACAAUGUUUCGAAACCAUUUCUGUACGGAAGAGCCAAUUUAAACGAAAAAGAAAUCAGAGCCUUAUGGAAGUUCGCCACUACGCAUUCUCCGCCUAGGUCAAUAUUCAAGGAAUUUAGUAGGCAAACGCCGUAUGUGAUUUUUGUAUUUAAGAAUACUCACUUGCUCGAAUGAUUUACUUUUGUAUAUGUUUAUCUCAUAUCAGACAAAGAAGAGAUUUGUUAGACGAACGAAGGUAAAAUUUUCUAUAUUUCUGUAGAAAGUAGGGUAAAUAAAUUUCUGGUACUUCAGAAGUUGUAUCUGAAAAUCAAAGUAGAUUCAUGAAAGUCCAUUUCAAGAUCCAAGUUGUAUCAAACAAAAUGUGAAAAUGUGAUGUUUACAAUUGUUAAGCUUCAGUAUUUACCACAAUUUGUAGGUUUUGUCGCAUUUUCAAACAAUGCAACAGAGUUUGACACAACUUCACAAAGGUGCAUUUUAAGACUGUUAGCUCAUUCCAUGUCAAUUAAAAGUGCAAUCUACUGGUUAAAGCAAAUGAUGAUGAUUGAUUGCACUUUUUCAUUGUAUUGUUUGUCAUAUUUUUUUGUAUCAGGUUACUUAGCUUCCUUUUGAGCAAUUUGAACCGGAAUAUUGCUAAAAUAUUGCUUAAGCGAAUCUUGUAAUUUCACAGUUCAACUAUUUCAGGUGGUAUUCAUCAAAUAUUAUGCAGGAAACGUACAGUAGCUAGCUAAGUAUGUAUGUAAGUAUGCCUUUACCUAGUCAAGAUAUGUUAAUGUGAUAUUAAGUACUUAAGAAACUAGCUUCAAAUUGGUCUUCUUAAUCAUAUGAGAUAAACAUGUCCUAAUGAUAUUUAUGUAGUAAUGAGAUUCAUUAAGAAAAAUUAGUUUUGUUACGGUUCAGUAAAUUUUUGUUUUUUAUUUACUGUGGACUUGAAAAUACUCUUUUAUUAAUGUGAAUCGAAGUAAAAUAAGUUAAUUUCGUUUAAUUGUUAUAUUUCUCUUGUGGGAAUUUUACUUGUGCAUCGUUUUAUUUUAUUAAGAGAAGGUGCCAUUUGCAGUUAUACGUUUGUAGCAUGGGAAAAUGUUUAUGUUUUAUUGUUUACGUGGUGGGUGGAAAGUGAUCGAAUUUUAGAUUUAGAAAAAGUGCCUACUACUUAAUAUUCGCGUAUUGUUAAUAUUUUAUAUUGUAGGUGAGAAGAUGGGUCCAUGUAAAAUUAGUACCUAAAUAGAUUGAAUAUGUAUAUUUAUUUUUUUCCUGCAUUUUCUUAUUAUAUAUUAUAAUACUGUUAUAACUAACUGAAUACGGUCUAUGUAUCGUAUAACUUCAGUACCUACCUACAAAAAUGAUGUUUUUAGAGCGACAUUAGUUUGUAUUUUAUACAUAAUUUCCUUAUUACAAAUUACGUUCUUAUUAUUUUUAUUAAAAAUUAAGAAUAUAGAGUAUAUUUUUUGUAAAUAUAUAAAUAUAUAUAGUACAUAGCUUAUAAUUACUGUUCAUUAAAAGAUCUGAAUAACUAUUUAAAAAAUUGUUAUUACGAAAAUACUUUCUAACCGUCAAAUAAAUAUGUGCCAAGAUUGCAAAA